CCCAUAUUCCGCCCGCUUCUCUCUCUCUCUCUCUCUCUCGCUCUCAGAGGCGCACACAGAGGGGCGCCACAUGGGGGGUUGCGCGGCGUCAAGGCUAGGGGGAAGCGGCGAGGACGACGACCCGGUGGCGCUGUGUCGCGAGAGGAAGCGACUGAUCAGGGCGGCGGUGGAGCGCCGGUACGACCUCGCCGCCGCUCACGCUGCAUACAUUCAUUCACUGAACGCGGUCGCCGCCGCCAUCGACAUUUUCGUUGCCCGCCUCUCUGCGCCCGCGCCCUUCCUUAUAACACUCCCCGCUGCGUCUGGCGACGGUGACCCCGCUCCGGCCUCCUCCUCUUGCGCCUACCUCCGCCAGAUGCCGUCGGAACCAAAGACCGAAUCUGUAGCCUACCACCCCUCCCCUCCUCCCUCCUCGCCGUCGAACUCGAGCUCGGCAGGAUAUGCAGAUGCAGCGGAUGCUGUGGAAGCGGAGGAGGAGGACCAUGAGGAGGAGGAGGAAGAGGAGGAUAUGAGGGCAGGGGAGACGAGUUGCGGGUACUUCUUCUCUGCGGCGAGACCGAUGCCGCCGUCUCCGCCGCCGGAGGUGUUUGGUUGGGACUUCUUCAGCCCGUUCGAUGAGGUCCGGCCGGCAGAGGAGCCGGUGGUCAUGAUAAGGGGACUAGACCCGAACUCAGAUGAAGAUUUGAGGGCGGUGAGGGAGCAAGAGGGCAUCCCGGAACUCGAGGAAGCGGAGGAGGAGGAGGACGACGACGAGGCGAAAGACGGGACAGUGGUGGACGAUAAAGAAAAGAUGGUAGCUUUGGGUGUGGGAGAGACGCCUGAGAGCGGUGGUGGCAGAAUGGUGGUGCAAGGAAGCGACGCCGGGCAAGAACAGGAGCUGGCUGUCUUGGAAACGCCAGAAAAGGGACGAGAGCUUUUACAAGCACUGAGAGAUGUUGAAGACCAUUUCAUCAGGGCAUAUAAUGCUGGGAAGGAGGUCUCGAGGAUGCUGGAGGCCAACAUGGUUCAGCCCUCGUCGGGGCCGGAGGAGAUAAAAGGAGUCGUUCAGGCAAUUACAUGGCAUCAGUCUCCAUCUCUCUCCUCAUCUUAUAGGAGUCAACUUGCAUCAAGCUCAAAUAGUACAGCAUCAUGGACAGAAAGCAAGAGUGAUUUUUCCGAUGUCUAUGUUGGGAUGGAAUCAGGAAGCCACUCACAAACUCUAGGAAGGUUGUAUGCUUGGGAGAAAAAGCUAUAUGAAGAAGUGAAGGCUGGAGAUCACACCUGGCAAGAUUACCAGAAGAAAUGUUUGCAGCUAAGAACCAAAGAAGCUAAGGGAGCCAAAUCACGCUCAGUUGACAAAACCAGAGCUAUUGCAAGAGACCUGUAUGCAAGAAUCUGGGUGGCAUUACGAGCAGCUGAAUCAAUAUCAGAAAGAAUACAGAAAUUGAGAGAUGAAGAACUGCAGCCGCAAAUCAUAGAACUGCUACAAGGCCUAACACGGACCUGGAAGAUAAUGGUAGAGUCACACGAAACCCAAAAACAGAUAAUGUUCGAAGUGAACUCAUUCACAUGCCCUGCUUAUGGAAAAUUCUGCAAUGAAUCACAUCGUCUUGCGACUAUCAUGCUGGAGACUGAGCUUCGUAAUUGGAGAUCAUGCUUUACAGGCUAUAUCGCAGCACAGAAAGCAUAUGUUGAAGCUCUUGAUGGAUGGCUAUCGAAGUUUCUUUUAUCUGACGUGGAAUACUAUUCUCGAGCUAGAUCCCUAUUUCCUUCUCACAAAGCUGGAACACCUGCUAUGGUUGUUAUCUGUCAUGAGUGGUUAACCUCACUAAGAAAACUGCAUGAUCAAUCUGUAUCCUGCAGCAUGAGAAAUUUCAUCAGAACCGUGAGAGGUUUAUGGAUCACGCAAGGGGAGGAACAGCAGCAGAAACGAAAGGUCGAUAGGCUUGCAAAGGAGCUUGACCAUAAGGUUCUGGCAUUGCAGAAAGCAGAGAACAAGGUUUUGGAGUCCAAGCUUUCUGAAGAUAAGCCUGAGCCAGAUAUGCGUCAGCGGAUCGAGUAUUUAUCAGGGAGGAAAGAGCUGUUAGACAUGUGCAGGAGAAAGUUGGAAGCAGAGAAAGCGAAGCAUCGUGAUCGCAUGCGGAGUACCCACGAGAUCACCAUCAACGGAUUCAAAAUAGGCUUGGCCAGCAUCUUCGAAUCACUGACACAGUUCUCCAAGGAUUCUGUGAAUUUGUAUGAUGAUCUUCUGAUGCGCGACGAGAAAACAAACGUGGUGAAUGAGAUGACUCCUUGCAUCGAGGCUUUUGAACAGGGGUGAAGGUUGAUAACAGAUGAUGGCAUGGCUGCAAAUACUUUUGGGAUUGUAUAUUAGGAUGAAUGUGGAUGUUGCAUGGUGAAUUUGUGCAGGCCAUAGGGGCAUCCAAAUGUCUCAUUGUUAAUUUCUCAUAGGUACUUCUCAUUUGGACCUGCUUAAACCCUGCUGUUCAAUGGUUGGUUCAAGGCUUGACUGUUGCUCAUGAAGCAAUAAAUGCUGUCUAUACCAUCAGAUUUUGCUGCUCA